GGGGGGGCGGGGUUGCGGGGACCCGGAGAGUUGGGAGAGCGAUUGUUUGGGCGCGCGGGGCAAGAGCUGAGCAGUGCAGAGCCGUGCAGAGCGGUGCACCGAGCGGAGUGGUACGGUGCUGAGGGGAACUGAGCCUGAGCCGUGCACGGAGUAGAGUUGAGCCUAGCAGAGCGGCGCAGAGGAGAGCCGAGCCGUGCUGAGCUGAGUUGGGCAGAGGAGAGCGACGAGCGGUGAGCGCUGCAAAGUCGAGCUGUACCGGGAGCGGAACUGAGCUGAGUCGUGCAGAGCCCAGUCCGAGGCCGAGUUGAGAAGUGCACCGAGUGGAGCCGAACCUAGUCCGGGGCUCUGUUGCUAAGGGAGUGAGGCGUGCAGAACCGAAGUCCUGCGCACUGAGCGAGACGAUGUCCACAGCUGCUGGGCAGCAGCGGGGCUAAGUCACUUGUGCGGGGAACGAAGACCGGGGCUCACCCGCCCCGUUUGCAGGAGCUGGUGUCGGGACGGCCCUUCCCGGAUGAGCGCGGACUCCCCCCCUGCCGGGGGCUGUGGGCUAGCCGAGCCGCAGGGCCACUGAGGGAUCCCCGGGAGGAAGAAGCCGAGGAGGAGGAGGAAGAGGAGGGCGCGGAUCCCGCCCCUGCGUCCUGCCCCGUUCGCUUGCUGGGACUCCCAGGCGCUUCGACUCGGACUCCCGGACUCUCCGGCCCGGCCCCAUAAGUUGCGCCCAGCGGCGAUGCUGGGCGCCUAGUGCUGAGGGGCCAAGCCGCGGAUCUCUCUGCCGCCCGCCCGUCCGCUCCAGACGGGUGCCUGUGCUCCCUGCAAGCCCCCCGAAGCUCCUGCCGGCCGCCCCUACCCCGCCGGGCCGGACCGGACCGCGCCGGAGCCAAGAUGGCGGGGCGCAGCUGGGGAGGCCCCGGGGCCCCGCGGUGGCCGCUCCCUCGCCUGCUGCUGGCCCUCGGCUUGCGGCUGUUGCUACUCGCGGCCGCUCCGGGCCCCGGCGCGCCCUGCGCCUCCAACUGCACUUGUACUGGGGCUCUGCUAGACUGCAGCGGGCUGGGGCUGGCCGCACUGCCCCGGGACAUCCCCUCCUGGACCGUCACGCUAAAUCUGAGCAACAACAAGCUAACAGAGAUUGAUCCUGCUGCAUUUGAGGACUUGGUGAAUCUACAAGAAGUGCACCUGAAUAACAACGAGCUGACAAUCAUCCCUGCCCUGGGUGCUGCCUCUUCCCGAAUCUUGUCUCUCUAUUUGCAACACAAUAGGAUCCGCAAUGUGGAAGGGAGCCAGUUGAAACCUUACGUUUCCUUGCAAAUGUUGGACCUGAGCUCCAAUAACAUCACUGAAGUACGAAGCUCUUGUUUUCCUCGUGGACUGCACAUAAAGGAACUCUACCUGGGGAGCAACCGCAUUAGUACCCUGGAGCCGGGAGCGUUCGAUAGCCUCUCACGGUCCCUGCUAACCCUCCGCCUGAGCAAAAACAGGAUCACCCAGCUUCCUGUCAAAGCCUUCAAGCUGCCCCGGCUAACACAACUGGAGCUGAACCGGAAUCGAAUCCGUCUGAUCGAGGGGUUGACAUUCCAAGGGCUCGACAGUUUGGAUGUGCUGAAGCUGCAACGUAAUAACAUCAGCAAGCUGACGGAUGGGGCUUUCUGGGGUCUGUCCAAGAUGGAAGUAUUGCACUUGGAGUACAACAGUCUAACCGAAGUGAACAGCGGCUCCCUCUACGGCCUCACUGCUCUGCACCAGCUUUACUUGAGCAACAACUCGAUCUCUCGGAUUAACCGCGAUGGCUGGAGCUUCUGCCAGAAGCUACAGGAGCUAAUUCUGUCCUUCAACAACCUCACCCGGCUUGACGAAGAGAGCCUGGCUGACCUCAGCAGCUUACAAAUCUUACGUCUUAGCCACAAUUCCAUCAACCACAUUGCAGAAGGCGCCUUCAAGGGACUUAAAAACCUGCGAGUCUUGGAUCUGAACCAUAACGAGAUUUCUGGCACAAUAGAGGACACCAAUGGGGCAUUUACGGGACUAGACAGCCUGAACAAACUGACUCUGUUUGGAAACAAGAUCAAAUCUGUGGCCAAGAGAGCGUUCUCAGGACUGGAGGGCCUCGAGCACCUGAACCUGGGAGAAAAUGCAAUAAGGUCGAUCCAAUUUGAUGCUUUUGCCAAGAUGAAGAAUCUUCAAGAGCUGCACAUCAGCAGCGACAGUUUCCUAUGUGACUGCCAGCUAAAGUGGGUACCCCAGUGGUUAAUGGGGAGAGGCCUCCAGACCACGGUUGUGGCCACCUGUGCCCACCCAGAGUCCCUGAAGGGCCAGAGCAUUUUCUCGGUGCCACCGGAGAGUUUUGUGUGUGAUGAUUUUCCAAAGCCCCAGAUCAUCACGCAGCCGGAGACGACCAUGGCGGUGGCUGGCAAGGACAUCCGCUUCACAUGCUCGGCCGCCAGCAGCAGCAGCUCCCCGAUGACUUUUGCCUGGAAGAAGGACAACGAGGUCCUCCCCAAUGCCGACAUCGAGAACUUUGCCCACGUCCGGGCGCAGGCAGGGGAGCUCAUGGAGUACACCACCAUCCUGCAUCUCCGCCAGGUCACCUUCCACCACGAGGGACGGUACCAGUGUGUGAUCACCAACCACUUUGGCUCUACCUAUUCCCACAAAGCCCGGCUCACAGUGAAUGUAUUGCCCUCCUUCACGAAGAUUCCUCAUGACAUCGCCAUCCGGACGGGCACCACGGCACGCUUGGAAUGUGCUGCCAGCGGGCACCCCAACCCCCAGAUCGCCUGGCAGAAAGACGGCGGCACCGACUUCCCAGCUGCCCGGGAGCGCCGCAUGCUUGUCAUGCCAGACGAUGUUGUCUUUUUCAUCACUGAUGUCAAGAUCGAUGACAUGGGAGUUUAUAGCUGCACGGCCCAGAAUUCAGCCGGCUCCGUGUCAGCCAAUGCCACCCUCACAGUAUUAGAAACUCCAUCCUUGGUGACGCCCUUAGAAGACCGUGUGGCAGCUGUCGGGGAAACUGUGGCUCUUCAGUGCAAAGCGAGUGGCAGCCCCCAACCCCGUAUCACUUGGCUGAAGGGGGAUCAUCCCGUGAGCGUCAGCGACCGCCACCACUUCACUCCUGGGAACCAGCUGCUCAUUAUCCAGAGUGUGGUGCCCGAGGACGCCGACAGGUACACCUGUGAGAUGUCCAAUGCCUUGGGGACGGAGCGAGCCCACAGCCAGUUGAGCGUCUUACCCACGCCCGGCUGCAGGAAAGAUGGCACCACGGUGGGCAUCUUCACCAUUGCAGUGGUCUGCAGCAUCGUGUUGACUUCCCUGGUCUGGGUGUGCAUCAUCUACCAGACCAGGAAGAAGAGCGAGGAGUACAGUGUGACCAACACAGAUGAAACCAUCGUGCCACCCGACGUCCCCAGCUACCUGUCUUCUCAGGGAACGCUCUCGGACAGACAAGAAGGGGUGGUCAGGACCGAGGGCGGCCAUCAGGCCAAUGGACACCUAGAAAGUAACGGGGUCUGUCAGAGAGAUCCAGGACUGAAUCCAGACGUGGACAUCCACGGGCCGGCUUACAGGCAGCCCAAACUCUGUAUCGGACAUAAUAAGGAAGUCUGGAAAGUGGCUGAUGGAGCAUUCAGUCUGGAUAAAACAGACUAUGGCAUGCCAGCAACAGGCAGUGAUUUCAGUGAUAAUGCCACCCAUUAUUCCAAGGAUAAGGACUCCUAUCCUUUGCAUAAGACCCACCCAAGUACACGGGGUAGCCAAGAACCCAGUCAGAGUGAGCAAGAAUGCCCCUUGCUCCAGAGCGAUGGAUCUCUUGCUGGCCCACACCCACAGGGGAAUGGAAACUCUCUCUACCCCAGUAACCAUGAUAGAAUGCUGGCACCCGCUCUUCAAAAGCCAUUGCCUCUGGACCACAAAGGAGGCUCUUUAAACGAUUUAGGAAAGUCGUCCGAGUCAGAAUCUGUUGUCUUGCACCCUUUGUCUUUGGGGACGAGAGGGGUGGCACUCACGGCAGCUUCUGCCCCCUCCUCUGGCUUCCCAGAACUCAAUGAGGCCCAGGCUGAUCCUUCUCUUCCCAAUGGACACUUGCCCAAGCCCUGUGACUCCGGUCACGAGUCUACAGCACUACGAGGAAGCUUCCACGUACAGAGAAAUGUGCCAUUACUUUUUGUACCAAAUAUCUAGGUCAGGGCUACCUCACCUCGUGGACCGUCAUCAGGCUUGCACAGGAAGGAGAGGUCUGAGACAGCUGAUGUGGAAAAAGCUUGCGUCCAAGCGUCCCUGAAAGUGUACAGAAUCGACAACUUCCAUGGGGAGUAUCAGGAGUUGGACGGUGGACUUGCAUCUGAAGCACACACAUGCAAAAGACUAUUAUGUACAAAGGAAGACAAAGUAUUUGAUACAAUUGUACAUAAGAGUUUUCAUAUAUAUAUUAUAUAUAUAAAUAUAUCUUUUACAGAGGCUAUUUUAAUCUUUAGUGCAUGAUGGUUAAAGGAUUGAAAUCUUAUCAUUUGGGCAAUGCUCUUUUCCAUGCCAGGUUGCUGUUAACAUUUUGGGGGGGGAGAUAAUCCUGGUGCCUUAAUGCAUGAGUGAAACUUGCAUCAAUGAAAACCAUAUUUGUUUCAAAGUAUUGAUUGGAUGGUGGAGCCCAAUUCUCCCUUGCUUUGUAUUGCACGUCGGAGGGUCAGACGGAAAGGACGCUAGUCGCGUAAAUCGGCUGGCGGGGCAGAGUAGCUGCCCAAGGCUCACCCCUUCGGUUUAGAGAUGGCGCUCUUUUCCAGAGGCCAUUCUGUGUCUUGUUUCUCAAUGCCGUAGAUCCAUCUUUAAGUCAGCCUCGUCCGUGGAUGGAUAAAGAUGGUGCAGGGUAUGAAGAAGGGAAUCGCUCGGGCCAACUGUUUAUGCAUUUGACCUGCCAUAUGCAAACACUAAAUUAUUGUGCCCACUAGCGAUCGGCCCCUACCUUUCAUUAUGAUCAGAAAUUGCCCAAAUUCAUCUCUGGCAAAUAAGACUCUUGAGUUAAGUGGGCUGUUAGGUCUCCCAAGUUCACCCUAAAUAAAACAAAUGUGGUGUAAUAGAUCAGUAUCUUAUGAUUUUGAUAUGAAUCUUUUUUUAAUUUAUAUAAAGGCUGCUUUGGUUGGUGUUGGUACCUGUGGAUGAUUUUUCAAUAUUUUAAUUUUAGUUUUGCUAAUAUAAGACAGGGCAGCUAGGUAGAGCAGUGGAUAGAGCCCCCUCGCCCCCCAGCCUGGAUUCAGAAAGACCAGAGUUCAAAUUUGGCCAUAAAUGCUUACUAGCUGUGUGACCCUGGGCAAGUCACUUAACCUGUUUGCCUCAGUUUUCUCAUCUGUAAAAUGAGCUGGAGAAGGAAAUGGCAAACCACUCCAGUAUCUUUGCCAAGAAAACCCCAUUUGGGGUCAUGAAGAGUCAGAUAGGACUAAAUGACUGAACAACAAUCUAACUGCAAAAUGUCGGCCCCGGUGAAAACCAUUUUGGGGACGGGCUGGGGGAGGGAGAUGGGAAGGAAGGAGAAUUAAUUUCUCCUGAAGGGUCUUCAAAGGACUCAUUUGCUUACUCGUGAGCGCACACCCGCCGGCAGCAGGCCGUGGGCGGGCCGUCACUUUGCCAGCGACCUGUCUGCUGACUCUUCUAAGUUCUUUGCACUUUUGAGACAGGUGGCUUCCAUGUUGUGAGUGCCAACAAGUAACACAUUGAACUUCAUCAAAGCUCCACUAACGGUCAGAGCCUGGGACAAGCGUAGGUCAGAGCAGGCCAGCGAUGCCGCACGGCUAGAACACUUGGAGUUGUGCUUUGCCUGAUCACAGUCGCAAAACGUCAGCACGUGUCACAUUAGAUUUUUUUAUUUUUGGACAGUUAACUGUCUCCUGUUACUUCCACAAAAUAUGUGAAUUUGCUGCUUCUGAGAGGCAAUGUGAAAAGAGGAAGUAGGGCUUUUGUGUACAAAGUUAUUUAUUUAUAGAAAAUUUGGUACAAUGUUGUACAUUGAAAAACAUGUAAAAUAUUGACGUGUCUAACAAAUGGCAUUGAAGUGUCUUUUAAUAAAGGUUCAUUUAUAAAUAUA